AUGGACUCCAUAGACAAGAAAGUUCAUGAGAAGUUAGAUGAAGAAGAACUCGAAGAUACAGUGGAGAAUGCUAAACCUUUGUUCGAAGAAGAAGUUGGAAAAAUGUGUGAAAAACAAUUAGAACAUGAACGUGAGAUAUAUUAUGGUUAUAGAGAUUCUCCAUACGAACUAGACCAAUGGGAACAAGAAGAUUUAAAGAGAGAAUUUAGAGAAUAUGAACUCGCUAAGAUAGCAUUUGAAGCUGCAGAAAAGAAGUUAAAAGUUUGGGGUCGUUUUGUAAAAAAAUAUUGUGAGUAA